CACAGCGGCCCUAUCUGGUUAUUCUGUAACUGUCAUAACGAGCGCUGGCACAACGUACACUGUCCACACUGCCUAGGUUUCAAGCAAUGGAUACCACCACCAAAAUUCCGGGAUUGACCCUGAAGCGCUGCCGCCCUACACCUGAAUGGGAAUGCACGGCUUGCACGGUCCGUAUCACCAGGGCGGACAAAGCCAAAAGGCACGUCAGGUCUUGCAAGAUGCAAGGUAGCACCCUGCUGCUUCAGCCCCAGCCUCCCCCUGCGGCUCCUGCCCACGUUGCUGCUGCCGCCGCUCCUGAUGAGCAACCAUUCGAAGCCCUCGACCAGCCCCUUCCCGACCAACACAUGGAACUCGACCCGCCAGCUGGCUUGCCUGAGCCCGCUGCUGAGGGCUCUCCAAGGCUAACCGAGGCACAGCAGGACGCUAUGCUUGCCAUCUUCCAUGUAGAGGACGACAAUGAUAUGGCAGGUGGCGAAGCUUAUCCGCCUGGGGAUGACAUGGAGCCGAGUGAGAAUGGAUACCCGGCGGACCCUGACGAUCCAGUUAACAUCUAUGCGGAAAUACUUAGCGCCUAUGCCGACGUUCUGGAAGGAGGGGCAGCCGACUCACCCAAUAACGACGUGGGCAUGGUCGAAGAGGCCGCCGAGCACCCUGCCAACAUCCGCAGCUGUGGCUGUGGGUGCGACAUGCCGUAUCUGACACCAGGGACAAGACCGUACUUUGAGGCCCAUCUGGAUAAGCCGCUUUGGGUAGUUAGGCACCCGUUCAGCGGCGAGGUUCUCGUGCAAUGCACCCACACCCUUCGACAGAAAUUGAACGGCCUAAUGGGCCACAUACAAGAGCACGGGCCCAGGCGGGAACAGCUGGAAUCCCAGCUGCGAUUAGAGUCCUGUAGUUUGCCCCCUGGCAACACACUGCCCACGUCCCUCUACAUGAUCACUGAGCUCUCCGGUGCCCCCCGCUGGAAGGAGUACGAAUACCAUGUCUGCAGUGAUGAGCGCUGCACCGGCCACCUGUUCGGGAAGCCACCCAACGAUGGAAGCGCGCAGGAAAUGGAGUGCCCCCACUGCGGCAAGCCGCGUUACAAG